AAUAUAAACGUAAAAAAAAGAAUAGUAAAAAAAAAUAUUCUUUCGCACUUUUUCGUAUGAAUCUGAUUGCGUCGAGUGUAUAGUAAAACAUUGUACAUUAUAAAUGUACUGGAAGAUCGCGUACGCGACUUAAGACAUAUCUCGAUGUACUUCCGAUUUGAUAAAAGAAAAUUGUGUGGUGUAGUUUUAUGUGUUAUUGUGCCGUCGUUAAAGCGACUAAAUCGUUUUGAUAAAUGAGCCUGCAAGGUAGCCUUUUUGCCGAAGAUGUGGAGUACGACGUGACUCUCUUUUUGAAAGACAACAGAAAAAAAAGGGUCCUCGUGUUUCCUCCUGUAAACAGCUAUCAACGAUAUCUCAUACAUCAACUAGUGCAGGAUCGUUUUGCCGAUUUCCUGCGCACCUUCUCCAUUGGCCAAGGGCUCGACAGACGUACCGUCGUCUGCUACAAGACCGACGUCAUCAGGGAGCCAGGAUCGAAUGGUGGGGAACAAAAGGAAAGUCCUUCUAAAACGGUGUCCUGUGAAAUGGGUGUCUUAGAACGACGACAAUCAUCGUCGAAAUCACCAGAACGUAUUCGCACACAGCAACAGCAACAAAGGCAUGCUGAUCCACGAAUCGUUUCAAAUGCAAAGUCCAUUGCACCUGCGGUAGAAAUCUACGUACCACCUCCAGCAAGAAGGGCAAGAAAUAACAAGCUUCGUUCGCAACAUCGAGAAACAUCGACUCAUGUUAAAACAGAGGAUAGUAAUAGUAACGAUAACGACCUUACGGUACUCCCUUCCACAUCUUCUUUUUCUAACGCGAGAAAUAGUCGUCAAAGAAGACCAGAUCGUGCGGUUUAUGUACCAAGGCAUAGAAGAAGUGGUGCAGAUAUAGAAGUUAAUAAUACACGUCGUUCACACGAAGACAACGUUAUCUUACAAGAUCCUGUAAGAUUAACAACCACAACAGCAGUAAUAGCAUCGAACAACGCCAUUAACGAAGAACAAGAUAUUAUAUCAUUAUCGUCGUCGUCGUCGUCGUCGUCAUCAUCAUCAUCAUCAUCAUCAUCAUCAUCGUCGUCGUCGUCGUCAUCGUCGUCAUCGUCAUCAUUAUCAUCAUCAUCAUCAAAAUUAAACAGGGAAUCCGAAUGUCCAACAUCAUUAAAUACCAACAAGUAUAAUAAUUCAAGUUUGAACAGGGAUCAUUCACCUGUUAGCACUCUGAAAUCAUCAAGCGUAAAAGUAGAAAAUACUGAAGAACAAGUAAAACCAGUGAAACUCGACGAGCAGCAGUCAACGAUCUCGAAAAUAACAGACGAUCAUCAUCAUCAUCAUCAUCCUACGCACAAGGAAGAAGAAGUAGAAUCAGUGAAAGGUGAACGAUUGCAAAGUGAUACGUUAGUUUCUUCAUCUUUACAAGAAGACAAAUCUGAAGUUUUAUCGAACGCUCAAUCCUCAGAAACUAACUGUAAAAACAAUAACGAAACGACGAAUCAUUGUUCCGUUGAAAAACCUAUUGUUGUUGUUGUUGCAAAUUCGAACGACAUCAAACCUAAUAUGUCGAGUGAGAAAAAAGAUGACGAAUCGAAAGAUAAUGCAUCGUCGAAUCGUCGUAAUAACACUGUCAAGAAAAAUAACGAUAGCAAUAAUACCGUAAGACGAAAUAUGGUAUCAUCCGACGUUUUAAUAAUAUCCGACGUUAUUACCAAUAAUAAAGAACCCGUGAAAAAGGCUAAAGAAGUUCCUGUUGUUACCGUGGCACCGCCAGAAAAAAAAGCAAAAAAGGUUGAACGACCAAAAAGUAAACCAGCACCACCACCCUCACCUCCGAUCAAAAUUAGCAGAGACGAAUGUGAUUGGGAUAGUUUGUUUGAUGAUAAUGGUGAUUGUUUAGAUCCGUCCUUGAUUGAAGAGUUAACAUCGGCUGUUGGCGAAGUAAUGAUAGAACAACCAAAGAACGAUUAUAAAAUUUACACUAAACAAGUAGAAUCAUUAUCAAGCGAUGAAUUUGGUCACGUUGUUGAGAUCUAUAAUUUUCCAUCAGACUUCAAAACGAGUGAUUUGGCGACUGUUUUUAGCCCCUUCAAAACUGGGGGCUUUGAACUUAAGUGGGUCGACGACACCCACUGUCUUGGUGUUUUUAGCAGUCCUCUUAUUGCUGCUGAGGUAUUGGCUUCGGAACAUCCAUUUGUUAAAACCAGACCUCUUAGUGAAGCUACAGCUUUAAGUAAAACAAAAGCAAGAAGAAGUGCUGAGUUCUUGCAACCGUACAGAAGUCGUCCAGAAACAUGCGCUGCUUUAGCGAGAAGGUUGGUUACAGGUGCUCUAGGUGUAAAAUUAGCAACAGCGAGACAGGAACGAGAACACGAAAAGAACAUUUUACGUGAAGCUAAAGAAAAAAGAAGAUUGGCCAAUAAACAACGAGAAGAUGCUUGGGAAGGUAUAAUCCCUCAAAAGUAGCAUUACCUAUUAGUGGUCCAAUGAACUGACAGAAAAAUAAGAUAUACCUCGUAUCGUAUGACCUACGUUGCCUCUACGUAUUUGUGCCUUACUCAUCUAUGUUUUAAAUCGUAAACAGAGUACAGGCGUACUUUUCGAAUCGAAAUCAUUACUACUAUACUGAUUUGAGGGGAAUAAUUAUAAACAAGAAAAAGAUAAAAAGAAGAAGAAAGAAACAAACAAACAAACGAUUCGUUAAAUAGAUGAGUGCGGCAUGAGAAGCAUUUUUAAGGUUCUCGUGUAUGGAUGUGUGUGUGUAUGCAAGCGUGUGUGCAUAUGUUCUAUUUUUUCUUUUCUUCUUUUUUUUUUUGUUUUUUUUUUUGGUUAAACAAUUUAACGAAAAUCAAAAUGGGAUAUGUAUAAAAAAAAAAAAG